AUGCACUUCAAUUCUCUCGUAGCGUUCACCGUAGCUGCAGCAGCCGUUUUUGCUGGCGCAGUUCCUGCACCGACCAACAAUGGCGGCAUCAUGUCCCUUGAAGAAAUGAAAGCCUGGGUCAGUGCAUUACCACCCGACGAAGUUACUCUAGUCGGGGACCCCUUCGCUGCCCUCUCUUCGCGCGCUGCAUUGUCGGUUACUGUCACAUUCUGCAGCACCCAAUCUAGCACCAUAUGCACCGGUCCGUGCACCGUCAAGACAGUCGCUGGUGGCACCUGUAUCGCAGCGCCGGACACCAACUGCCUCAGUGCGACUAGCCAAGUCACAUUCUGCGAUCGUAGUGGAUGCGGCGGAAGCUGCAACGAGCUUAAUUCCUGCGGAACGCGCUUGGAAAACAAUUUCUGCUUCACUCCAGGAACCGAGUCAAUUGGUGUCCCCGCUGGAUCGUAA